AUGCGAAAGGACGUUAUAGUCAUGUUGCCUAAAGAACGUGUUUCACGAGUACUGGAGAUUUUAUGUUCGACUUCUCACCACGGUUUUCCUGUUGUUGACAACCUUACUUUGUCUGUAAACGACGAUGAAAUACCUGAUUAUGGUCACUUGAAAGGACUGAUUCUUAAAUCACAAUUGAUUACUUUAAUUCAAAAGCGGGUUUUUUAUGAAGACUGUAACUGUUGUACAGAAGUCGCUGGUUGUGAACCUGUUCAACUUUCUGAUUUUGCUGAGGAAUAUCCAAGAUCAUUGUCAGAAGAAGAUUACAAUUGUUGGUUGAAUUUAAUUCCUUAUAUGCAUCCAAGCCCUCAUCGAGUGUCGAUGAAUACUUCGCUUCCUUCAAUAUUUCAUCUUUUUCGUGGAUUAGGGCUACGUCAUGUAGUUGUUGUUAAUGAUGAAAAUAAGUUGCGCGGAAUUAUCACUAGAAAAGAUCUUGCUCGUUUCAAAGAACGUCGAACAUUCGGAAGUUAUAUUGUGCGAGAACUUUUCGUUUCAGACUUCCACAGUUGA